AUGUCUACCACACCACCCGAUGCAUUCCAAAUUUCACGUCCGAAAGACUCUGACCUCUGCUAUAAUGUGGCAGGCAACACAUUUAAGAGAGACAGCUAUGGCCAGUGGUUGCCACACCCAGGCAUUGCAGAGAAUCAUAACUUUGAGGCACAGAUUCUGCCCAAAAGCCUGUAUUAUGGACCAUUGAAGCACAGUACAACUGGUGAUGGCGCUGGCCACCGUCAACUUCCAAAUCCAGAGUGUGCUGUUGAAGAGUUGACCCCAAAAAGGAAGAAAAAAGCUGGUGGUCAUAACAAGCCACAACCCAAGCAUAAGAAGGCCACUGACGUGGAUGAUAAAAAGACUAUAAAGAUGGACAUAGAGGACAAGAAGCCAACAGGACAUGGCCAACCAAGUGGAGCUGGUAACUACUCUACAGACAACAUGAUGGCCCUAUUAUAUUUCACAGAAGAAGGACUUCUGCUUGGUCAGCAAGGCUGGAAGACAGUUCAUAGUCAAUUCACAAAGUGGGCAUGCAAACAAGAACAACCUAAAAGGACCCUCAAGUCACUUGAAACAAGGUUCAAGCAAUUAGUGAAGACUACAAAACCAACUGGGGAUGCUGUCUGUCCACCUGAAGUGGAGCGUGCACAUGAGACUGACUACUUGAUUAAUGAGUGUGCUAGCACUAGGGAUUUGGAUGAUGGAGAGUUUGUAGACAGGUCUGACAUCCAGAGUCAUGUCAGCAUUAGCAGCAACAAAAAUGACCCUCCUACUCUUCCUCCAAGCCAACCAAGGAUAGCAAUUGCACGUUCAGCCGUGCAGUUGUUCCUAUUCCUUGUUGAAAUGCUCAUGAAGCAAAUGGCCUCAACCUUAUCAACAAGCUUGCACAUGUAUUUGACCCUAACCACCAUUAACGCACUUCACACUCAAGUAACUGAAGUCCAGGACCGUGUUCAUGAAGUCAGCCGUGCUUGUGAUUGA